UCUUUAAUGUGCCUAUCAUAAUCUUUGAUGGCCCAUUUCCCGUCAUGGUGAAUGAGAGGCAUAAUGGCAACCUGCUUGUGCACCUGGGAGCCAAACUGCAGGCCUACCCGGAGGAGCUGCUCCGGCAGCGGCGAGGCCAUGACGGCCAGCCUGAGUACCUGAUCCAGUGGAGUAUCGUGAGCUUGGAAGAGAGAGCAGUGGGAGGCAGCAGUGCCUCCUCUGCAGAGACCAAGCCGGAGAACAUCUCGAUGUGGAUGUCUGCAGAAGAGGUCUGUGCCAGCUGCCCGGCGCUGCUGGGCAAGAGGAAGCUGGAAGGGCAGUGGGUGAAAGAGGAGAAGGCAGCCAGCCCGUUUGCUGCAGAUGUCCCGCUGGAUGAAGCCUCGCUGCUGGAGAUGAAGGCUGAUGUCAGGAGCCUGGUGCAGCGAGCUGGCCGGCAGAUGGCUGAGACUGGGACCCCCGAGUCCUCCAUCCUCAACACCAUCCACGUGCUGAGCGCGUACGCCAGCAUUGGCUCACUAGCAGGUGCCUUCAAGGAGACGGGAGCCCUUGACUUGCUGAUGAAGAUGCUGUGCCACAAAGAGAAGCAAAUCCGCCGCAGUGCCGGCAAGAUGCUGAGGGCCCUGGCUUCGCAUGAUGCAGGGAGCCGGGCCUAUGUCCUGCUGUCCCUGAGCCAGCAGGAUGGCAUUGAGCAGCACAUGGACUUCGACAGUCGCUACACCUUGCUGGAGCUGUUUGCUGAGAUGAUGUCUUCUGACGAGCACUGCAUGUCCUUUGAGGGGAUUCACCUUCCCCAGAUCCCCGGGAAGCUGCUGUUCAUCCUAGUGAAGCGCUACCUGUGUGUCACUUCUCUCAUGGACAAGCUCAGCAGUGGCGUGGAGCAGGGAGGGGAGCAGCAGGACCGCGCUGUGCCCAGCCUGCUGACUGAGGAGAGGAGCCGUGUGAAGCAGGAGUUUGAGUUCAGCAUGGCUAUGGCAAACCUCAUCUUGGAGCUGGUGCAUGUGAUGGGCUGGGACGAGAGCCACAAGGCAGAGCUGCUGCCCCAACAGGAGCUGCAGCCUCGUGCCACCCGCUCCAUCUUCCAGCACAGGGCCACAUCCUGCACUGCUGCCCAAAUGCCUGUGCUCACUUCAAAUCAUGGUCCCCACAAAAAGCAGGGUCGUGCCUUCCUGACCCCGUCAGACUUCACAGACCGCAGUGGCUAUGUGGAGUACUUACAGGCAAACCUGGUGCGCGGCAUGAGGGUGCGCUUGCUGGAGGACUGUGGUGAUGUUAGAGCUGGGGAGGAAGGCGAGUUUCUUCAGAGCACUAAUAGCAUGCACACAGUGCAGGUUUUAUGGCAGUCAACAGGUCGGACCUACUGGAUGCAUUGGCACAUGUUGGAGAUUGUUGGCUUUGGAGAUGAGUGGGAAGAUCCUCCUGCUCAGGAAAAAGAAUAUAGUCUGAUAGAGAGCUUUAAUCUAGACACAGUUGUGCAGCCGUUUUUCUGCAAGCCCUUUGCGGGGCUGUACUCUCUGCCUUACCUGGGGGAGCAGGCGACCAAGGCUGCAGAGGCCCUGAGCCGUGCCGAGUGGUGGGAGCUGCUCUUCUUCGUGAAGAAGGUGGAAGCACAGGAGCAGAAAGAGAUCGUCUGUCUCAUCCAGCAGGACCAGGGAGAGCAGCUGUUGGAGGUGGAUGAAGAAGCCCUGAUCCAGCUGUCGAUACCUGCGGAGCUGGCCCAGAAGGUGCUGCGGGUCUUGGAGAAGCGGUGCCAGGGCAGCGCUCAGCGUGACCUGCGCGGCUCCCACAUCUAUGCCAAAUACUUCCUCGGCAGAGGGGCCAAGCAGGAUGGUGGGGGGAACACUGCGGUGUCCUUGGAGGGUGCCAGCUGCAGGAGCACUGGCCCUGAAGCCAUGAUGGCCAAGGCAGCGAAGGAAGACCUUUCUGCAGCCACAGUGCCGCCCCGAGCCCCCGCUGCGAUGGUGAAGUCGGAUUCCCAGCUGUUCAGCGAGCUCCUUGAGAAGGAAGGGCUGUUCUUCCCAGCGGUGACAGAGGAGCAGAUCAAAGUGCUGGGCAGCUCCGAGGGGGUGAGCGAGAGGGGCUCGCUGGCCAAGAUUGCAGCCGUGGUGGACGUGAUCCAGAGCAGCAGCUCAGAGGUGGGGCUGCGCUUAGCCGGGCUGAAGCACAUCAUGAAGAUCCUGGAGGAGGAGCCUGAGUCCAAGCAGCAAGUCGGCAAAGCCCAGGGUGGGCUGGGGACCAGGAGUGUUGGGGAGAAGCUGGUGAGGCUAGCAGUGGAGUUGCUGAGCACUGAGGCGGCAGAGAAGGCCCUGGUGGUGGUGAUGCUGCGGCUGCUGGCUGUGCUCAUGGCGAAGUAUGACUGGCGCGUGCCGUUUGCCACGGAGGGUGGUGUGCGGGCUGUGCUGGCCUGCAUGCAGCAGCACGCCUCCUCCGCCCUGGUGCAGCAGGCUGGCCUGGUGGCCCUGAAGGUGCUGGUAGGAGCUGUGGUCGGCGAGCCAGGAGGUGCCGGUGGGAAGCCCUUGCCCCUGAACCAUGCCGAUGCGCAGAUGAUGCGGGAGAUCUUUGCCAGCAUCGGCUCUGCCUCCAGCGAGGGCUCGGCAAGCCUGCUGAGUGCCAUCCCUGCUGCCAUGAGCACCAUGCAGAGGGUCCCAGGGGGCUCCUCAGGUGUGCAGAAUGGCUUGCUGGUGGUGAACAUGCUGAUCGACAGCCACCGGGGCCUGGCAGAGCAGCUGGCAAGCUGUGAUCUCCCCACGGUGCUGCAGAGCUGCUGGUGGGACGGGCAGAGCACCGGCUGCCCUCACGCGACGCUGGCCCUCAGCACGAUCAACCGCCUCGCGGAGCACCGGCUACCCCUGGGCCUUGUUGUGGCAGGCAGAGAGGCCCCACUGGACCUGAGGGAUGUGCGGACGCUUCUGGGUGGCGUGGGGGACGGCAUCUUGUCCAAGGACGUGGUGGUGGCCCUGGAGCGGCAGCUCUGCAGUGAAGGCGCCGUCCCCUCUGGUGAGGAGGCCCAGCUGCUGCAGGACCACAGAUGCUUCAGGCUGCUGCUGCGCAGCUUUGAGCUGCUGGGGGCGGAGAAGGCCGUGAGCCUGAGCAUCCUCAGGAUCCUGAACAAGUUCCUGGACCGUUACCAGGAGGAUGCGCUGCCCUGGCAUGAGUGUGUGGAGCCCUGUUUGUCCUCCCUGAGUGCCCACAGCAGCGACCGGGAGCAGGUGAUGCAGGAGGUUGUUGGCUUCCUGCACCGCCUGGCCACCGCCAGCAAGGACUGCGCGGUGGUGAUGUGCCGUGUGGGCACCCGCGAGGCUCUGUCCAAAGCCCUGGACAAGCACAGCACGGCUCCGUCGCUGGCGCCAGCCCUGCUCGACCUGGUGAUUGACUGUGAGAAGUACGCCAGCCUCUACAAGAAGCUGACGACCAGCAUCUUGGCUGGCUGCAUCCAGCUGGUGCUGGGGCAGAUUGAGGAGCACCGCCGGAGCCACCAGCCCAUCAGCAUCCCCUUCUUUGAUGUCUUUCUGCACAACCUGUGCCGAGGCUCCAGCGUGGAGGUGAAGGAGGACAAGUGUUGGGAGAAGGUGCAGGUCUCGUCCAACCCCCACCGGGCCAGCAAGCUCACGGACAGGAACCCCAAGACCUACUGGGAGUCAAACGGCAGCACUGGCUCGCACUUCAUCACUAUCCACAUGCAGUGUGGUGUGGUGGUCAGGGAGAUGAGCAUGCUGGUGGCCAGUGAGGACUCCAGCUACAUGCCGGCCCGUGUCGUGGUGCUGGGGGGAGACAGCCCUGCCACCAUUAGAACUGAGCUCAACGCGGUGACCAUCCUGCCCUCAGACAGCAGAGUGAUCCUGCUGGAGAACAUGACCCGCUUCUGGCCCAUCAUCCAGAUCCGGGUGAAGCGGUGCCAGCAGGGCGGCAUUGACACACGUGUGCGUGGCAUCGAGGUGCUGGGUCCCAAGCCCACUUUCUGGCCCAUCUUCAAGGAGCAGCUGUGCCGGCGGACGUUCCUCUCCUGCACUGCUCGGGCUCAUGCCUGGUGCCAGGAGAUCUGCCAGGACCGAGGCCGACUGCUGCAGCUCUUUGGCAGGCUGAACCGGGCGCUGCAGCAUGAGCAGGGCUUUGCCGACCGCUUCCUUCCUGACGAUGAGGCGGCCCAGGCCUUGGGCAGGACGUGCUGGGAGGCCCUGGUGAACCCCUUGGUGCAGAGCAUCACCAGCCCAGACCCCCACGGCAUCAGCCCCCUGGCCUGGCUGCUGAGCGAGUACCUGGAGAGCGUGGAGCCGCCCCGUUAUGCCACGAGCCGUGGUGCUGUCUUUGGUUCCCGUGUGCGGCGCCUGACCCAGCUCCUGGUGCACGUGGACCCUGGCGGCCCAGAGCCAGAGGAGGCAAGAGCAACUGGUGGGAAGGAGGGGAAGAACAAGGAGGUGCCGGCCAGGGCUGCGAAGGCGGUGGUGGAGAAGUCGAGCAGCCUGUGGGGCAUCUCGCAGUGCUGGCGUGGCGUGGUGCAGCAGCAGGUGCAGCGGUUCCUGGAGGCAGCAGGGCAGGCGCCGGACCUUGUGGAGCGAUACUGCGGGCUGUACCAGCGCCUGCGUGGUGCCACGGAGGAGCUCUUUGGGCAGCAGGCUGCCUUUGUGCUGGCCCUGGGCCAGGGCUUCGCGGGGGCUUUGCUGCAGCUCUCCUUCCUUACUGCCCUGCAUGUGAGUGAGCAGUUUGCCCGUUACCUUGACGGGCAGAUCCAGGAGCUCCACGGGGCUGCGGGCAGCGCAGGGCCACUGCAGCGGCUGCAGCAGAUCCUGGAGCCCUUCGUCGUCUUCAGUGGCCUGGAGCUCGCCCACACCUUCGAGCACUUCUACCGGCACUACCUGGGGGACCGGCUCCUGGCGCAAGGGCUGUCUUGGCUGGAAGGAGCCAUCGUGGAGCAGAUCGGGCUGUGCUUCCCCAGCCGCUUCCCUCAAGAGAUGCUGAGCAACUUGGCUGAGUCGGAGGAGCUCCAGCAGCAGUUUUACCUCUUCCAGCUGCAGGAGCAGGACAAGCGGCUGCUGGAGCUGGACACGGGCUUGGAUGAGGCACUGGGGAGUGCCUCGGUGGCGGAUGUGCCGGAGGUGAAGGUGCUGGCCCUGUCCCCGCGCUGCUGGCCCGUUUCCCCGUUCUGCUACAUGGAUGAACCUGGGAGGUUUUUCUCAGCGGCGCUGAUCCCCCUGGAUGAGUUUGCUGACUUCUGCAGGCGGAGUCAGAGCCAGCUGGGCUGGGAGUGCACGAAGCCCCGGCGGUUGCAGUGGACGUGGCUGGGCCAUGCCGAAGUGCAGUUUGGAGACUGCGUCCUCCACGUGUCCACGCUGCAGAUGUACAUCCUGCUGUGCUUCAACAGCGCCGAGGAGGUGGCUGUGGAGGCCUUGCUGCAGGCUACGGGGCUCCCUGCUGACCUGGUGGACCACGCACUGACACCACUGAUCCAUGGCGAGGGCGUCCUGGUGCGGAGCUGCAUGCCAGGAGGUGUGCUGCGGCUGAACCAGGCAGCCCUGGCCCAUGCCUCUGGCCACCCCCUGAGGCUGCUGCCCCGGCAGAGGUACCUGCGGGCAGAGAGGGCUGAGGUCAGCGCCCUGGAAAGGAAGAGGAACGUCCUCUGCUGCCUCAUCACCCGCAUCCUCAAGGUGGAGAAGCAGCUCCACAUUGACAACCUGGUGUUUAGGGUGACUGAUGCCUGUCAGAAGGGUGAGUUGGGGCCAGGGCUGCAGUUCCUGGGCUUCUGCUGCCACAGCGUGGACGUGCUGUCCUGUGUCCUGCACCUGCUGAACCAGGGCUAUCUGCGGCGCCAGGAGGAGAGGCCUCAUGUCUUGGAGUACAUCUCUGCUGAACCCACAACACCUCUUGGGGGCCAGGCACAGAUGGUUCUCCAGAGCAGGCCGCCAGAGGCAUUUCUGGAUGAGGACAGCAUAGACUGCCUGUAUUGGUUGAAUCCUGGCAUAGGCAGGUCGGAGGAGUUUCUCAUGGCAAUGCUGCAGGUGCCAAUGGGGCACACGCUUAGUCCAGAGGAGGCGAAGCUGCUCAUGAACCAGACAGUACAGCAGGUCCAGGAUACUCUGAGCAUCACAGAUGAUGUUGCUCGGCACCUGCUCAUGCACUGCAGGUGGAAUGUGGAUUUCCUGAUCCAGUGCUAUGUGGAGAACCAUGAGACCCUGCUCAUCUCCUCGGGGCUGCAAGUGCAGGAUGCCCAGCCCCCCCCGAGCCCAGGAUCCCACUGCCCAGUCUGUGUGAACCAGCUGUGUCCCACUGAGAAGCCACCAACCCUCUGUUGCAUGCACUACUGCUGCAAGUCCUGUUGGAGUGAGUAUCUCACGACUCGCAUUGAACAGAACAUGGUUGUCAACUGCACCUGUCCCAUAUCUGAGUGCCAUGCGCAGCCAACUGCAGCCUUCAUUUGUUCCAUCGUUUCCUCCAAGGAGAUUAUAGCCAAGUAUGAAAAAGCCCUCCUCAGAGGCUAUGUUGAGUGUUGUUCCAACCUGACAUGGUGCACCAACCCUCAGGGCUGUGAUCAGAUCCUCCUUAAGGAUGGACUUGGCUAUGGGGCAGCCUGUUCCAAGUGCUCCUGGAUAUCCUGCUUCAACUGCAACUUCCCAGAGGCCCAUUAUCCUGCCAGCUGCAGCCACAUGUCUCAAUGGGUGGAUGAUGAUGGGUACUAUGAGGGAAUGACAAGUGAAGCCCAAAGCAAACAUCUGGCUAAGCUCAUUUCGAAGCACUGCCCAAGCUGCCAGGCUCAGAUAGAGAAAAAUGAGGGGUGCCUGCAUAUGACGUGUGCAAAGUGUAAUCAUGGCUUCUGUUGGCGUUGCCUCAAGCCCUGGAGGCCGACUCAUAAGGAUUAUUACAACUGCUCUGCUAUGGUGAGUAAAGCAGCUUGGCAGGAGAAGCGUUUUCAGGAUUACAAUGAGAGAUGCACCUUUCAUCAUCAUGCAAGGGAAUUUGCCAUGAGUCUGAGGAACAGGGUUUCUUCCAUCAGUGAGAAGCCAAAAAUUAGGACUUUGACCUUUGUUCUUGAUGCCUGCAAAGUGCUAGAACAGGCACGGAAGGUGCUGGCCUACUCCUGUGUGUACAGCUACUAUAACCAGGACACUGAGAGCAUGGAUGUUGUGGAACAGCAGACUGAGAGCCUAGAGCUGCACACUAAUGCUCUGCAGAUCCUUCUGGAGGAAACCCUGCUGCAGUACCAGGACCUGGCCUCUUCUCUUCAGCUCCUGAAAGCAGAGCAUUUCAGUGCUGGUUUGGAGUUGGUACACCGGAUCAAGGAGCGUCUCUUUGCAAUUCUCUGGCACUCCACACAGGAUUUCCAUGUUGGGCUCCAGACUUUGGCAGAUCCUGGUCAGAGAAAGGUGAAACUCUCAAAUGUGCCUACUUCAGCCGCUGCAUGUAUAGGGCCAAAACAUACCAUCUUGUGUGACUCCCCCAACACAGAUGAAGGUGGCAAAGAGGUUGAAGAUGAGGAGUAUGAACCGCAGUGGCAGGAAGACUAUGAUGAUGAUGACGACCUUGAUGAAGACAACUUUCUGUUUGAUGAUGAGUCAGAUAACCUUGAUUGUGACUCCUACUUUGAUGAUGAUGAUGAUGCCUAUGACUAGAAGUGGGCUGUCACCCAGCCCGCCAGCCUGGACCUCUGCCUCUACUCCAUCUCGACCAGUUUGUAUUAGUGUCUUUCCUCAAAGACAGGGAGGAGCUCUCGGGUGGAAUGAAGAGACAUUUCCUCUGGGGGCUACUUGCUCGGUGACCCCCCUUUAACAUGGUGAAACAUUGCUCUGGACAGAUGGGCUGUGUUACCGUGGCCACCUCUCUCAGACAUCUCCUCGCUCUCCUCGCCUUUCUCCCUUGUCUCCAUUUCUGCCCAUAGGUAUCUAAAUGAGUUAGAAAGUCACAGUCCAGCUGCAAAGUGAGGACUGCUUGCCACCUGUUAAAGGACUGUUCAGUGUCCUUGGGCAUGCUGUCCCCAAGGACUAGGUGCAGGUGAGUGUGGCAUGUGUCCUAGCAUGGCACUGUCUAAUCCAACCAGUGUCUAGAAAUACUGUAAAGCGAUGUGUUUACACUCAAGUCAAAGCCUCCCAUCUGGAGUUGGUGGGAUUCCCUCCAAAGCCACACAUGGAUGUGGUUAAGUGCAUUCCUAUAGUUGAGGGGGACAGCUUUUUUGCUGUUUGUUUGAAGAGUUGUUGUCUUCUCUGCUAUGAAGCAGGAUGGGCUGCUAUGAGUGGCACAAGUUUGCAGGACUGUUCUUAAGUGUCUAAAUGUAUGCAUGCGCGCACACACACAUAGAUUAUAUAUAUAUACACACACACACAGACAUCGUUCAGAUAAUAAUUUGUCUUUGCAAAAAAGAAGACCCUGAGGAACAAGGGUUGAAAAAAGUUCUGUUUAAAAAAGAAAUAGUU